AUUUGAACAACUUUCACAAAAGCUCUCCACCACCGCCUCAAACUCGAUGUGACCGGGCCUGUAUUCAUGAGACGAUGACUAGGUUAUUUCCAGCUGCUUCUUGGACGAAGUAAUUGCUACUGCGCAACGCUCACAAUAUGAAGUACUGGGGCAAACGGCUCUCGUUCCUGAUCUUUUCCUUGCAAAUUCUGCUUGCCAUAUCGUAUGCGAAGAUCCAGGAUGAUACAGAGGCGACUUUCAGUGUGGAAGGGAGUCCAAAGCCAUCGAUAGCAGCACAGUCUCCCACACCACAGCAACCGAUUCGAGAACAAGAGGACGGUCGGAGAAGGAUAGAUGGUACGGAGCAAGUCGACAAGGCUCUCUUCUUCCUUCGCCGAUACGAACGUUUGAAUCCACGCCCUUCUCGAAAACCAUCGGGAAUCUUGGGAACAGCAGGACACUAUGUCUUGGCACUCCUUCCACGGCUGUACAUUCAAGGUCCACCAGAGGAAGCGUCAGGAAGUGAGGCAAAGGAACACAAGCAGCUGCCAGGACCAGUAGCUGAGGCGGUGCGGCUUUUGGAGGAAGCUGCACAGAUCAACAAUCCCGAUGCGAUAUUUCUUCUGGCCGAGAUGAAUUUCUAUGGCAAUUACACACACCCAAAGAGCUAUUCUGAAGCUUUCAGGAGGUACCACCAGCUGGCCUCGUUGGAUGGGAAUAGCUCUGCGCAACAUAUGGUCGGAUUCCUGUACGCGACGGGAAUAGGAGAGGCUGUCGAACGCGAUCAAGCAAAAGCUUUGCUAUAUCAUACUUUCGCAGCCGAAGGUGGCAAUACGAGAUCCGAGAUGACUGUUGCGUUUCGAUACCACACAGGCAUUGGGGUCGCCCGUAACUGUGAUGUCGCUGUUAAGCAUUACAAGAAAGUUGCCGACAGAGCAAUUGAGUGGUUUCGAUCGGGUCCUCCAGGAGGAAUGGCUUGGGUGUCCGAUUCGUACCGACUCGCAGAUGAUGACGGUGGUGUGUACGGCGAAGGUGCGAGUUAUUCCAGCUCUGGACAAAAUGCGAACAAAGCCAGCCCAAACUCCGAUGCCCAUGCAGCACUUGAUGAUGUUCUGGAGUACUUGGACUUGAUGUCCAGGAAGGGCGAUUUCAAGGCCACAUUUAGCUUGGGGAGGAUCCACUACGAUGGGCAAAGAGGGCUCGCACGAAACAUGAAAAGUGCAAAAUGGUACUUUAUGAAGGUUGCAAAACUCUACUGGCAGAGAGAGGGACGUAUCAUUGAGAGCGACAAAGCAGGACUGGAGAAGGUCGCGACCAAAGCUGCUGGUUAUCUUGGCCGGAUGUUUAUGAGAGGCGAGGGCGUGGAACAGAAUUUCGACAAGGCCCGGACCUGGUUUGAGCGAGGGAUCAAGAGUGGCGAUGCUGGCUCUCAGUAUGGACUGGGACUUAUGAACCUGGAAGGUCUGGGCAUUCCAAAGAACACGAUAAAGGCGACGGAGUACUUCAAAGCCGCCGCUGAUCAAGACUAUUCGCCAGCUCAGGUUGCCUUGGGCGCCCUCUACUUAGAUCAAGGCACCCCCAGUGAUAUAAGCGUUGCGAACCGUUAUUUUGAACUUGCAGCAAGAUAUAGCCAUAUCGAAGCCUUCUACUUCCUGGCAGAGCUCAUCGAUCAAGGCAUUGGACGCGAUAGAAGCUGCGGACUCGCUGCAGCGUACUACAAAAACGUCGCUGAAAAGGCCGAGCCUCUUCUUUCAUCCUUCGCUGAAGCCAAUCAAGCUUAUGAGGAGGGCGACCACGAGCUUGCCAUGGUUGAUUACAUGUUUGCCGCUGAACAAGGCUACGAGAAAGGCCAAGCAAAUGUGGCAUACAUGCUCGACAAACAAAAAUCAAGAUUGGCUCUCUCUUCAUGGCUUCCAUUUUCCAAUCCCCGCCCACUAUUGCUGCAAAAUUCUGCUCUCGCUCUAAUAUAUUGGACAAGAUCGGCCAAGCAGUCAAAUAUUGAUUCGUUAGUCAAGAUGGGCGACUAUUACCUCGAGGGGAUUGGUACGCAGAUGGACUUGGACAAAGCUGCUUCCUGUUACACAGCGGCUUGCGAGUAUCAUCAGAGCGCUCAAGCUCUAUAUAAUUUGGCUUGGAUGCACGAGAAUGGAGUCGGUCUUACUCAGGACUUUCAUCUUGCCAAGAGAUACUAUGAUCUAGCCCUGGAAACAAACGAGGAGGCGUAUCUACCAGUGACCUUGAGUCUACUAAAGUUGAGGCUUAGAAGUGCUUGGAACACGCUAACUCAUGGGAGAAUCAAUUCGAUCCAGGAUGAGCCAGCACCGAAGAAGCAGUGGUCCAUGUCAGAAUGGAUCAGCAACUUCCUCCGAGACGAUCAUCUGUACUAUGGAGAUAAUGGCUAUGACGAUAACUAUCUUCCCGAAACUGAUCCAAUGCCUGGAGGAGAUGUCGACGGUCUGUAUGAAGACAUUAUUGACGACGGGAUCUUGGAAAGCAUCAUCAUUCUUGGAUUGGCUGCGGUGUUGGUGGUCCUCAUAUACUAUAGGCAGCAGCAUCAAUUAGCACAUAGGAGGGGCGAGGAAGCUGCCAGAGGACAGCAAGUAGACCAGGCUGCGCAAGACGGGCAACGACAACAGCCCCCGCACGAAGAUAGGGGCGUGUUUCCCCAGCCUGGAGACCUCGAAUUUGGGCAAUGGGUUGCUGGUGGGGUAGGACAUUGAAAAGAUACAAAUGAAAUUUAAUUGAGCAUG